UACACAGUAUCCUAAUGGACUCUACUCGAGUCUAUCAUGAGUGUUGUAUAUGCCUUCAAGAAUGUGUAUAUCCUGUACAGUUACCUUGCAAUCACGUGUUCUGUUUCCUGUGCAUCAAGGGUUGUGCUCUCCACAAAAGAAAAUGUCCUAUGUGCCGAACACGCUUUGCUGUCGAUUUUUUCACAGACCCCAAAGUCAUAGGCCCUAUUAUUGAUGAUCCGUCAGUUGAGAUAAUAAAGUCGAAGUGA